AUCACACCAUAAUACCGUUCCCAAUUAAUAUUACUCACCCACACAUCGAGCAUCCCACCCAAGAAGGCUCCUUCCAAGCCUCACUGAAGCUGACAGCUGCUCGUCGGCAAAUACCACACCCAAGCCCAUAAUGGAAUCAAAUCGUAUUCGUAACAGAAGCAUCACUUCAGCAAAUGCUAGGUUAUCUGAUGAACGCGACACGCCCGCCAAGGCUCAAGACGCUGAACAGCCAACAUCAGACAAGGAAGUUGUAUUAGACGAAAUAAUUGUAUCUCAGUCACCUUCGGUGCAAAGAACUAGUACAGCCGUUUUGCCCAACGAUCAUGUUGACGAGGGCACCAUGGAAGCGUCUACGCCAUUAGUGAGGCGAUCUAAACGGUUCUCUUCCAGCUCUCAAAGGAUUGCCAGUUCUGCGCUAUCAGACAAAAGUGUCACCGUGAAGAAACAGGAAUCCGGAAUCAGCAUUAAUGGCGAUGGCGAAUCAGACGAAGUAUCACUCUCCUCGGCCUCUAAGAGACGAAGACUUAAUCAUGAAUCCUCGCCACACGUAGCUUCUCGUAAGAGCCGCUCUAAAUGGGACAAUCCUGAUGACAUGCUCACAGAUCCCAAGUCACCCUUGGUUAAUGCCAAGCUACGGGAGUUGCUUUGUAGUCCAAUGGUGUGGGAUAUCCUAACAGACGAGGAGAAAGAGCAGAUCCUUUCCAAGUUCCCAAAUAAUUCAAUGAUCCUCAAUCCUGAUACUCCUCAAGCUCGGCCUAACGUUAGUGCUCUUCUUAAUAACAAUAACUUUCGAAACGACGUGACGCAGUAUCAGGAGGGACUGGGCAAAGGAUAUCAUGACCCGGACUGGAUCCGAGAAGCUCAAGCCGCGCAUAGGGCGCGCGUCGCGGGUCUCUACGAUGAUUUCGUGGCCGCUGACUUUGAGGAGAAAUGGGAUAUGCCGAUCCCGGGACGACCACACGAUGACACUGGUGUGAAUGAAGGCAAUAGGCACAGAGCCGUCAGUGCUUCAGACUCUACCAUCGUGCCUGAGGACGCGAAAAAUAACAAUCCGGAGACAAAUGACAAGAUGGAACUUUAAUCAAAUAUGCUCAGUGCAUAUCCAAUCGAGAUCAACGUAAAAGACCGAAUUAAGGAAACGGAGCAUACUGAGCAUGAUAUAGUUAUGUCUACUGCUCAAACGGCCGAAGCUAAGGAGAUAAAAGAUCAGUCCUUGGAUGAUAGCGAGAGCAAAGGAAGUGAAACACAGAUAGAUGCUUCCAGGCUGCUGCAACUGUUCUUAGCUCUGGGCUGAUCACAACGUCAGAAUUUCAAGACUACCGUGAUCACAUACUGUGGAGGGAGGCACU